UCAUGAUUAUGAAGCUCACGAAAAAAUCAAACAAGCCUACAUUGAAAACAACAUUCCUCUCUUAGAAAACGACGAAUUACUCAUCGAAAUCCCCAGAUUGACCAAAAUAUUGAACAAACCAUUUCAAGUCCAAAUUGUUGGCUCUUUAUUUUACUUUGACCGAAAAAUUGCAAAAGAAAAAACUGAAAAAUUAUUCAAGAAUUUCCCAAGAAAAUCAAAUGAAAUUCCAAGAAUUUUCCUAAUUCACAAUCCAGCCAUGAUUUCAUACGUGCCAUUGGAUGAUAGUUGUGAGAUAAUCUUUUCAGGACAUUAUCAUGGAGGUCAGAUUCGAAUAGGGCCAAAAAAACGAAUGACACUUGUCAAGACAAUGUACAAGAUUAUGAAAUUGAUUAAGAAGGAAAGGUAUGAGAAGGUUUAUCCACCAGAUCAGGGAUUAUAUGGAAGAGGAAAGUUAAGAGUGUAUAGUCAUAGAGGAACUGGACAUUACGGAUUUCCAUUUCUUGCAGGAAAGCCAAAUAACACUCCAGCCAACGAUCCAUCUUUAAUUCAAAGAAUCAAUUCGAAUAACUUUGGAUGGAGAGCGAAAGCUCACAAAGUAUUCGCAGGAAAAACUUUGGGUGACUUGAAGAAGAUAUUUAGCAUGGAUUCGUCUGUGAUGGAUCGUUUUAAAGAUGUAUUGGAUAAGAUUCAUUCGCAAAAGAAAGAAAAGGAAGUAGAUUCGUCCAAAGUUUCUAAUAACAAUGGACAAUUAGAAACAAAGAACAAGUCUAAUGGAAAAACUGCAAGAAAAACAAAAGGAAAGAAGAAUUCAGCACCAGUUUCCAAUAAGAAAGUUCGCGGCCAAAAAGCAGCAUCCAAAACAAUGAAAAUUUCAGUUUCCACUUCUCCAAAAAAACGAACUUCAAAGCCAACCAAGAAAUCAACCUCCAAUAAGAGAAUUCCCAGAAUGAGAUCUUCUGGAGGUGCUUCUACUCUUGCUAAAAAAG